CGGACUUCAUUGCCCAUAAUGCAUCGUCAAAGAAAGACAAAAAAGUCCAAUGUACAAAAGUUCCUUCAGAAAAGAAACCGCUAAUGGGUGAGGAAUAAAUGUAAGGGUGGCUCGUCAGAGUUCUUAAAGUUACGUGCUUCGUGUGAAGGUCGUGCUUCACCAAAAAGGAGUCGGACGGUUCUUCUCUCAGCGCUACACAACUAGCUUGUUUUUCUCAGAAGAAUGGCAGAGCCACAAAGAAAAGGAGAGCUGCUGCCAGAAGAUGUUGGCACAGAUGACUGUCUGACUUCGUACACACACAUCUACAGUCCAGAUUUGCUAAAAGAUCAGGUUGCUUUUAUCACAGGAGGUGGAUCUGGAAUUGGAUUCAGGAUAGCUGAAAUCUUAAUGAGGCAUGGUUGUGACACAGUGAUUGCAAGCAGGAACUUGGACAGGCUCAAAGAGGCAUCUAAAAAGCUGUCUGCAGCGUCAGGACGACGCUGCCUUCCUUUGUGUUUAGAUGUGAGGAAGCCCGAGAGCAUCGCAGCUGCUGUGGAUGAGACGCUGAAAGAGUUGGGCCGCAUAGACAUCCUCAUUAACAAUGCUGCUGGAAACUUCCUCUGCCCGGCUACCUCUCUCUCCUUUAAUGCCUUCAAGACAGUUAUGGAGAUAGACACUAUGGGUACAUUCAACACCAGCAAGGUGGUUUAUGAGAAAUGGUUCCAGGAUCAUGGUGGCAACAUAGUCAACAUCUCCGCAACACUUGGAUACAGGGGGCAGGCCCUCCAGGUGCAUGCUGGCUCCGCUAAGGCUGCAAAUGAUGCCAUGACCAAGCACCUGGCUGUUGAGUGGGGGCCCAGUGGGGUGAGAGUCAAUACUGUGGCUCCAGGUCCUGUGUCUGGCACAGAGGGCUUCCGCAGACUGGGUGGUCCCAGAGGGGAGGCUGCUGGUGCAUUCCAGUCCAUUCCUUUACAGCGUGCAGGCAACAAAACAGAGAUGGCCCACUGCACUCUUUUCUUGGCCAGCCCGGCCUCCUCCUUUGUCACGGGAGCCAUCCUGGUGGCGGACGGCGGAGCAUGGCUGACGUCAGCCAACGAUGUCUCCAUGCUGUUGGGUAUAGCCUCCUCUAAAUCCGCUAAACUCUGAACAGGGGCUCUUCUGUCCUCCUCCUGACCCAGGUUAUUGGUCCUCUGAAAAGAAAAGAGACAAGUAAAUCAUGCAAACAAAAAGAGUAAUUUAGAGGCCAACUGUGCUGAUAUGAUACAUUUACAGUAUUUGUGGUUUAUCUCACUCACUGUUGCUGUAAGAGUGUGUUGCUAAGUGGUUGGAGAAAUUGAACACUAACCUACUUAUUGCUGUGUUAUGUAUUUAAAAUCUUAGUAAUGGAUCACAUUAUAUAACAAUUCAGAGAGUUUUCACCCAUUACGGUGCUGUGUAUUGUCAUUAUGCAUUUCAUGUAUU